CUCUCCUCUGGUGUUUUGGUCCAGUCGACCCCAAACACGAAAAUGACAGCGAGGAAGUCUGGCUCACGACUGGAGACCGAGAUAGAGCGGUGCCGUUCAGAAUGCCAAUGGGACAAGAUACCGGAGUUAGUACGACAGCUCUCGGCCAAACUAAUAUCAAACGAUGACCUUGGGGAGCUGCUGCAGGGAGAAUGUAAGCUUCAGACGUACUUGAAGGAGAAUCCCAUCAAACAGGGAGCUAGUCCCAGGGGCCCACGACCUAAACUGGUGGAGGUCAGGAAACACCUCACUGCUGCUCUGGACAGAGGGAACCUCAAGGCUGACUACCUCCAGGAGACUAGCCUGCUGAUGGCUAAACUCUGCUAUGUGGAGGGAGAAUACAGAGACGCUUUAGGUCACUAUAACAGGGUGAACCUGGAUGACAUGCAGCUGGUGGGAGCUCCUGUGUAUAGGCUUUCUAUGAUAGCAGAGGCCUAUGCUACUAAAGGAUUGUGUCUAGAGAAGGUCCCAGCUGCCUCACCAUCUCUGUCCAAUAAGAACACUGGGUCUCCUGCGUCCAAUAGGAGCACAACAGACAGAGAGCAGGAAAUCAUCACCUGCUAUGAAAAGUCUGGCGACAUCGCUCUUCUCUACCUGCAGGAGGCUGAAAAGGCGUUAUCUGCAGGGAUUCAGAACCGCAGCCCAAAGCCCGGCCCGACGGCUCAGGACCAGGAGCUGGGCUACUUCUUGGAGACAGGCCUGCAGAGAGCCCACGUUAUCCACUUCAAGAACGGCAACCUUACACACGGUGUAGGCCGCUUUCGGGAAAUUCUUCGGGCUGUUGAGACCAGAACUACCCAGAACCUGCGCAUGACCAUUGCCAGACAGCUUGCGGAGAUCUUGCUCAGAGGAAUGUGUGAACAGAGUUACUGGUCUCCUCUGGAAGACCCGCCUACAGUGUCGCCAUUGGACGAUCCCACGCGGCAAGGACACACUCACAGCAAGAACUACAGCCUAAGCCGACGCCCACGAGUGUACUCAGGGGAGAAUCUGUUUUGCCCUCAGGAGAAUACAGAAGAAGCUUUACUGCUGCUGCUCAUCAGUGAGUCCAUGGCUAACCGUGACGCUGUCCUGAGCAGAAUCCCUGAACACAAUAAUGAUCGGAUCAUCAGCCUACAGUCUGCCUCUGUGGUGUACGACCUGCUGACAAUAGCUCUGGGCAGGAGGGGGCAGUACGAGAUGCUGUCAGAGUGUUUGGAACGAGCCAUGAAGUUUGCCUUUGAGGAGUUCCAUUUGUGGUACCAGCUCGCCUUGUCACUGAUGGCAGCUGGCAAAUCAGCUCGUGCUGUUAAGGUCCUUAAGGAGUGUAUUCGUCUGAAGCCUGAUGAUCCCACAAUCCCACUGCUGGCUGUCAAACUGUGUAUCGGACCCCUGCACUGGCUGGAUGAGGGCGAGUGCUUUGGAAAGAUAGUGAUUGACAUGGGGGAGAAAGCUGCUGAGUUCAGAGCCAAAGGCUACUUGGCCAUUGGGCUGGUUUACAGCCUCAAAGCCACCGAUGCAUCCUUGCGGAGCACACAGGAGGACUACCAGAGGAAAGCUUUGGGAGCCUUCCAGAGAGCUCAGAGUCUGUCUCCUACUGACCACCUAGCAGCUUUCUACUUGGCAUUGCAGCUUGCUGUGUCCAGACAGAUCCCAGAGGCACUAGGCUAUGUUCGACAGGCGUUGCAGCUUCAAGGGGAUGAUGUCCACUCCCUUCAUCUGCUGGCCCUGCUACUCUCUGCUCAGAAACACUACCACGACGGCCUCAAUAUCAUAGAGAUGGCCCUGUCCGAGUACCCGGAGAACUUCAAUCUGCUGUAUACCAAGGUGAAAUUGGAGUCGAUGUGUAGAGGACCAGAGGAAGCUCUGCUCACCUGCAAACACAUGCUGCAAAUCUGGAAGAGCUUUUACAACCUUACCAACCCCAGUGAUUCGGGGCGUGGCAGCAGUCUAUUGGACAGAGCCAUUGCAGACAGACGACAGCUCAACGCCAUGACUCUGCCUGACUUCAGUGACCCUGAGACUGGCGGCCUUCAGGACGCUAACACUCUUGGUUUUUCCUCCAUGUUUUCUGUUUGUUCGGUGCACGCCACCUCCAUAGCGGCCAGUCGUGUAGAGCAGGCUCUGUCUGAGGUCGCCUCCUCCCUGCAGAGCAGUGCCCCCAAACAUGGACCCCUCCACCCCUGGAUGACCCUGGCUCAGAUAUGGCUGCAUGCAGCUGAAGUGUACAUCAGCAUGUCAAAACCUGCAGAGGCCUCGGCCUGCACACAGGAAGCUGCCAACCUCUUCCCCACCUCCCAUAACGUGCUGUACAUGAGGGGGCAGAUAGCAGAGCUGAGGGGCAACAUAGACGAGGCCAAACGCUGGUAUGAAGAGGCUCUGUCCAUCAACCCGACACACGUCAAGACCAUGCAGAGACUGGGUCUGAUCCUCCACCAGCUGCAGCGCUACAGUCUGUCCGAAAAAGUCCUGAGGGAUGCUGUGCAGGUCAACAGUACGGCUCAUGAUGUGUGGAACAGUCUGGGUGAGGUGUUGCAGGCUCAGGGAAACGCUGCAGCUGCCACUGAGUGUUUCCUCACCGCCUUGGAGCUGGAGGCCAGCAGCCCCAUUCUGCCCUUCACCAUCAUACCCAGAGCACUAUGAAACACACACACACACACACACACACACACACACACACACAGAGUUAUAGCCUCACUACUGUAGCACAGUGGCACAAAUGAUGGACCUGCAAGCUGCACUCACUCCAUACACACAGCAUGCCUGCAUGUGACUUGCACACACCUGCACAAGGUUUUACUGCCAUACUCUCAGAUACACACACACACA